AUGCCGUAUGCAGAGGGCGCCAGGGCAGGCUGGACAGAGGAGGAGCAGAGGGUUGAGUAUAGUGAGGAGGGGCAGUCCCAGAUCCCAGACUUGUUGCUGGCAGCACCAAAACAGAACAUCAGCAGACUGGGAAAGAAGGAGAAACCUGAAGGACCAAGAAGAUCAGGGAGCAGCUCGUCCAGAACGAAGCCAGUCCAGUUUUGCUUCCUUUUCUGUUGCUGGAAAGCCAUCUGCUGCAACAGCUGUGCGCUGACCAACAUCACCAUCGCCGUGGAGACAGAGGGAUGCAGCUUCUGCAGGAGCAUCAGCACCACUUGGUGUGCGGGCUACUGCUAUACCCGGAACCUGGUGUACAAGGACCCAGCCAGGCCCAACACCCAGAAAACAUGUACCUUCAAGGAGCUGGUGUACGAGACAGUGAAAGUGCCCGGUUGUGCUCACCGCGCAGACUCCCUGUACACGUACCCAGUAGCCACCAUAUGUCACUGUGGCAGGUGUGACAGCGACAGCACUGACUGCACCGUGCGGGGUCUGGGGCCCAGCUACUGCUCCUUCAGUGACAUGAAGGAGUAG